AUGGCGUCUGUGAGCUUGGCCUUCCUGACAAAGUUCUUUGUGAGCAAGGCCUCUCCUUCAGACACAGGCACUGGGAAGAGCCCUGGCCCACAAGAGGCAGCCCUGACGAGCGGUCCAAGGAAGUCCAGCAAGGUGCACAGUAGGAGGCUGCUGACUGCUGUCCUUCUGUCCUCAGAGCCUCCCAAGAUGAACCCAGUGGUGGAGCCACUGUCCUGGAUGCUGGGCACCUGGCUCUCUGUCCCUCUGGGAGCUGGGACCUACCUGACACCGCAGCCCUUCCAGUACCUGGAGGAGGUGCGCAUCUCCCACAUGGACCAUUCCAUGCUCAACUUCUCAUUUCAACUCCUUCCACCUGGCACACGCAAACCCCUGCACAGAGAGUGUGGCUUCAUCUGCCUCAAGCCCGACACCAACAAGGUGGCCUUCAUUAGCACCCAGAACACAGGUGUUGUGGAGGUAGAAGAGGGUGAGGUGAACGGACUGAGUAGGAAUCUUGAGCACCCCAGUCGGAGGUGGCAGAUCCCCAGUCCCCAGACAGAAUCUGAAGGGGCAGUAGAUGAAGACAUCAUCUCCCUGCAGGAAGCUGUGUGA